AUGGAAGAUAGUGAGCAGAUAAUGGAUUCUUGUGUGCUCUCUAAAGUCUUCCCGAGGAGUGGUCUGGACCCAAAUAAUGGUUCACAGUAUGGGGCACCAUUUAAUGAGGAAGAAUGUGAUGAUAUUCAAGAAAUCUGUGUUGAAUCUUUUUAUGAUAGAGGUUCCCUUCCGCUGCCUGAUAACCAGAAGAAUUCUGUUGUAACGUGCACAAUUGUUUCUGGAAAUACAUAUAGCCGGUCAUUAUCUGAACCAGGUCCAUCUUCAGAUGUGCCUUCUGCUAUCAAUGUCCCUCCAUAUUUUCCAGUAUUUGGUAAACCCCUUGCCGAAUCUUUGUUAUCUGAUGGUGCUGCCCAUUCACGGUCUUAUAACCGAAAGAAUUAUGUAGUGAUGAGCACAUUUGUUCCUGCUGAACCAGCUCCGUCUUCAGCUGUGCCUUCUGCUAACCAUAUCCCUCCAUAUUUCCCAGAAUUUGAUAAAAUCCAUGCUGAAACUUUAUCAUCCAAUGUUGCUGCCCAUAUGCUACCUUAUAGCCAAAAGAACUCUGUUGUGACAAGCACAUUUGUUCCUGGAAGUACACGUGACUGGUCAUUAUCUGAGCCAGGUCUAUUGUUGACUGAGCUUUCUGGUAACAAUGGCCCUCCAAAUUUCCCCGAAAUUGACAAAACCCGUGCUGAAUCUUUACCAUCUGAUGGUGCUGCCCAUUGGCGGCCUUACAAUCAAAAGAAUUCUGUUGUGUGGAGCACAUUCAUUCCUGAAAGUACAUGUAGCCGGUCAUUUUCUGAACCAGGUCCAUCUUCGGUUGUGACUACUGCUAAUAAGACCUCUCCAGAUGUCCCAGAUGACGAUGACUUUGAUUCAUUGUUUGCCAUGUUCACAGAAGAUAGCCCUCCUAUUGAGAAUAACAAUAACGAGCUGGAUAACCUGCAGUCAUUUUGGCCCUUUUGAUCUGUCUAGAGAAUAUUAUUAGGCCUUAUAAUUGUUCAUUGCAAUUGAAUUUUAAUUAUGACAAACCUUCCACAUUGUAUUUGUUGAUUUUUGUGAUUUAAUGCCCCAGCAUAAUGUUUGGU